CACUGUAUUGAAAAGGGGACUGUGAAUCCUAGAGGAGGAGGAGGGGGGUUGAUUUGGCAAAAAAAAAUCUCCCGCUUGGGUACACAUCCGGAGUCUCGACGAUCAUAAUCCAUCGCACCUUUUACCUGUUAAGGGUCUAGACGUUAUUGUUUCUAUUAAUUUAUUGUUCUUUCUUUUAGUUUAUGGUUUACGUUAACACUCCGGGAGGGCAGAAAUGGCGGCCAACAUGUACCGGGUCGGAGAUUAUGUAUUCUUCGAGAACUCCUCCAGUAACCCUUACCUGAUCCGGCGGAUAGAAGAACUUAACAAGACGGCCAGUGGGAAUGUGGAGGCGAAGGUAGUUUGUUUCUACAGAAGGAGAGACAUCUCCCACAGCCUCAUCCAGCUCGCAGACAAACACGCAAAGGAAUUGGAAGAAGAGAAGGAGAGCCCGAUAGAGACAGACCUAACAGACAAACAGAAACACCAGCUCCGGCACAGAGAACUCUUCCUAUCCCGGCAGUAUGAGAGUCUGCCUGCGACACACAUCAGGGGGAAGUGCAGUGUCGCAUUAUUAAAUGAGACUGAAGCUGUUCUUUCAUACCUUGAUAAAGAGGAUACGUUCUUCUACUCGCUGGUGUACGACCCCACACAGAAGACCCUACUGGCCGACAAAGGAGAAAUCAGAGUGGGGCCGCGCUUUCAGGCAGACGUACCUGAAAUGCUGCUAGAGGGGGAGGCAGACGACAGGGACCAGUCCAAGCUGGAAGAGAAGCUGUGGUAUCCAGAGUGUCCGCUCUCCAGCAAACAGAUAGACCAAUUCCUAGUGGUGGCACGGGCGGUCGGGACCUUCGCUCGAGCGUUGGACUGCAGCAGCUCAGUGCGACAGCCAAGCUUACACAUGAGUGCAGCUGCAGCCUCACGAGAUAUCACACUGUUCCAUGCGAUGGACACGCUGCAUCGCCAUAAUUACGACCUCUCCAGUGCGCUGAGUGUACUGGUCCCAGCCGGCGGCCCGGUGCUCUGCCGGGACGAGAUGGAGGAGUGGAGUGCCUCGGAAGCCGCUAUGUUCGAAGAGGCACUAGAGAAAUACGGAAAGGACUUCAACGACAUCCGACAAGACUUUCUGCCUUGGAAGUCUCUGACUAGUAUCAUAGAGUACUACUACAUGUGGAAGACCACAGACAGAUAUGUGCAACAGAAAAGGCUUAAGGCAGCAGAGGCAGAGAGCAAACUGAAGCAGGUUUAUAUACCCACAUAUAACAAGCCCAACCCCAACCAGAUCUCCAUGACCAAUGGCAAGAUGGCAACAGUGAAUGGCGCGGGCCCUGGGGCCUACCAUGCCUCAGGCGGGGGCCGAGCCUGCGAGAGCUGUUAUUCCAUGCAGUCGGCCCAGUGGUACUCAUGGGGUCCUCCCAACAUGCAGUGCCGCCUCUGCGUUUCCUGCUGGAUGUACUGGAAGAAGUACGGAGGCCUGAAGAUGCCAAGUAGAGCAGAGGCCCCAGAGGAGAGGACCUCACCCAGUCCAGCAACCAAUGAGCAUCGCUCACGGGGUCACGCUCCCCGCCAGUCCAACCACAUGGUGCCAAUGCGAAACAGCGGCAGCCCGAAGUCCUCCAUGAAGACCAAACAGGCUUUCCUGCUGCAGGCGACGCGCCUUACCAAGCUGGCCCGGCACAUGUGCCGUGACAUCAUCAGGCUGCGCCGCGCUGCGCGCCGGCCCUUUGUGCCCAUUAACUGUGGGUCCAUAAAGGCAGAGUACAUGUCAAAGGUGUCGGAAGGGCAGGGGACUCGCCUGCCCAAAACCAGAGCCGCCCAAAGGAGCACUCUGACCAGUGUUGUACAGUUUCUAGAGUCCCGUCCAGCAGCCCACGCCCCUCGCUCCCACCGCACCCAUGGCCUGCAGACGCCUCCUCCACGACGCCUCCUCUCCUCCCUGCCACACGGGCCCCACGGCAUGCUGGGAAAACGCAGCUACCAUCACCACAGCAGGGCUGAGCCAGACAGACGCGCAGAUAACACUGGUACAACAGGUGGACCCCUCGUGCAUAACGGCCGCAGCAGCAGCAGUGGAAACCCCCGAGGUGGCGUCAUGAUCCGCAAGAGACGCCCAAACUGGAUUGAUGCCCCUGAUGACAGCUUCUUCCUCGUCACCCGGGAGACCAGCUGGGAUCUGGAGGGAACGGAUGUGUUUCCCUGUUCACAACACAAGAAAAGCAUCCAUGGUGCUGCUGAGAAAGCAGCGAACGAGGAAGCAAAGACUAAGGCUGUGCAUUGAGUCUGAAUGUGAGCGCCUGAAGCAAGCCAUGAAUCACCUAUGUGUUGUGGUUAUGUAUUUUCGUAUUUGUCUGCCAAUGAAUUCCAUUAGUGUGCGUGUGGCCUUGUGGCCUUGUAGUUUAGUGUCGGUCGCUGCAUGCUGUUACAUAAGCCUUGAGGUAGCAGCUUAAAGUCAACUGCAGUCUGGAAAUUACCAGCAAGCUCCUUUAUAUUAAUCUAAAAAUCCUACAAAGAAGUACCUCUCUCUUCCGCCCGUGACAGAGAUGUGUAUCCUUCAUCACUGCUCAAUAAAUAAAAUGAGAAAAAAGUGUUUGUUUCUAGUUACUUUAUCAGCAACUUGAGAGCUAAAUUUGGUGCCUUCACACUGUUUGUUUUAACCAACUGAAAGUUUGCAUUAUUAUGUCUUUAUAAGUUUCUCCUUUUACGUCUUGAAUGCAUCAGAUACUGCCUCCGAAGUGAAGGUGUUUCUUGUUAGAUGUGCAGUCACUGAGAGACGAAACACUGCUAAAGCAGUGCAAGCAGGACAGAAAUUGUAAAACCAGCUGCAUGCAUCACUGUCACCAAUAGCAUACCUGACAAAUGAUGCAUUUAGUGCAACUGACAGCCCAAAGACCCUCCCAUCAAUGUUUUUAUGCGUAGGCAGUCUUUUUCUCUGCAGGCUGCAAACCUGUCAUCAAAUGUGUUGUCAACUCCAUAUGAAUAAUGUAUUCAGACAAAUAAUACAUGAAGCUUUGGUUGUGGGACUUUAGAAAGCAUACUACGGAGAUGUAAUCAUGAGCUAUCAGCUACUGUAUUUCAUAAAGAAUGAAACUUUUCUUCGACAAGAUGAAGUGUAUCUCCACAGACCAAACAAUCAAAUCCGAUCCAAUUUCCCCAAAUGCCAAAUUAUUACCAUUUUUCAAUGUGUUAAGUCUACUAAAAUUUCUGUUAGGACUAGCUACUAACCAAGGUCCAAUAAAGAACUGUCAAUUUGGUGUUUUUUUUUACUGACAUUCGCUCGGCAUUCGUGUGUCUUCUUCUGCACUUAUGUCCCGUCUCGUCUCCACGCCUCCAGGAGGGCCAGGCGGCUGCUGUCCCGCUCCCAGCUGAGGCACGCUUGUCGGCAGCCGUGCGAGCAGAUCGCCCUGCGCAGGGUCACCCAGGCCCCACCGCAAGGGCUCGUCCUGGCCCCUCCACACCCUCACCCGAGCCUGAGGA